AUGUCUGAAGUAGCAUCGCCCUUGAUACAAAGGAUUCACUUCGUCUUGAUUUUUCUUUAUUUUGUUCGUACUGAUUUAAAAACUCAUAUACGUAUAUUAAAAAUUGUUGAUAAAAUCUUUCAUAUUGUUCCAUCAUGUUCACAAAUGACAGCUAAUGCUACUGAAGAUCAUCUUGUACCUGGCGAAUCAUUUUUAUUUGCUUAA